UGAAAACAAAACAAACUAAAAAAAAAACAAAACAAAUUGUUGAAUCGAUCUAAUCGCUGUGAUUAAACGUUAUCGUCAACUUUAAUCGUCUUAAUGAACAUUAUUACACAUUAUCGUUAACAUGGACGGCGAAUGGCUGGACGAUGCGGAGUUGGUGGCGGCCUUGGCGGUACAUGAACAGCAGGAAACCGAGGAAAAUAAUGUGAUGCCUGGGAUGGAUGAGGCCUGCGAGGGCUUCGACAUGGCCACCGGUCACAGUUGGAUUUAUCCGAAAAAUCUUCCCCUGCGAUCCUACCAACAUAGCAUAGUCCACUCGGCGCUCUAUAAGAACACCCUGGUGGUCUUGCCCACAGGAUUAGGCAAGACCUUCAUAGCAGCAGUGGUGAUGUACAACUUUUAUAGGUGGUAUCCAAAGGGAAAAAUCGUAUUUAUGGCCCCCACCAGACCUUUGGUGGCCCAGCAGAUCAAUGCCUCUCAAAAGAUAAUGCCAUUUGCCCCAGCUGAUACAGUGCAGCUCACAGGACAGCUUCAGCGACCCAAACGAGCCGAGUUGUGGGCCACCAAGCGCGUAUUCUUCGCCACACCCCAGGUGGUGCACUCGGAUAUGCUGGAGGCCGAUGGCUCCUCAACCUUUCCCUUCAACUCCAUCAAACUGCUAGUGGUGGACGAGGCACAUCGGGCAAAAGGUCGCUAUGCCUACACCCAGGUGGCCGAUUGUCUGAUGGCGCACAACCGAAACUUUCGGAUGCUCGCCCUGUCCGCCACUCCGGGCAGGACCAUGGAGGACGUGGCCUCGGUGUGCCAGAACCUCUAUAUAUGCAACCUGCAGGUGCGAUGGGAUAAUUCGAUCGAUGUGCAGCCCUACAUCCAUCGGCGGAUCAUUCGAACCAUAGUCGUCUCCCUCAAGGACCGGAUCAAGGAGCCCAGGGAGAAGCUGCUUCAGAUUAUCGAGCCCUAUCUUCGCCAGCUCAUCGAGGCGGACAUUCUGAGAGGAAGCAAGGGAGGCAUGAGCAAAAACAGCCUGCUCUACGAGCAGAAAUUCUUUACCGAACGCUCCUCGGUGCAGGGCCAGCGCCACCCGGAUCACAACAUCAUAAUGGGCAACUUUGCCAUGUGCAUCAGCAUGUACCACUCGCUGGAGCUGAUGGAGCGACACGGCCUCCGAGUGUUCGUCAACAGCUUCGACGCCGACGAGGACGGGCGUGAGAAGUUUGUCCUGGCCAAAGAUCGGGCUUUGAGGGACUUGGUGGAGGAGGUGCGACAGGAGCUAGGUGCCAAUCCGCUGGACUACAGCACGGGAAAAAUGACAAAUGGCGAAGUGGCACCGUUGCCAGCGGACCUGGACUUUGGCCAUGCCAAGUAUGAGAAACUGCGAGAAGUGUUGCUCCUGCACUUUGCGGCCAAUGCCGAUUCCCGAGCAAUCGUUUUCUGCGAGUACCGGGAGUCCGUAAUGCUGAUCCACCGUCUUCUUCUCCAGCACAGGCCGCAGCUACGCCCGCGCUGCUUUGUGGGCCAAGGCAACACGGUGGGCGCCAGCUAUGCUCUUACCCAGAAGCAGCAGCUGCAGAUUAUGGCCGACUUUCGAUCCGGCACCAGCAACAUCCUGGUGGCCACCUCGAUCGGCGAGGAAGGCAUCGACGUGGGCGAGGUGGAGAUGAUCGUUUGCUUCGAUAUCUGCAGCUCUAAUCCCACUCGAUUCGUGCAGCGAAUCGGACGCACUGGGAGAAAGAAAAACGGCGAGGUGGUUAUGCUCGUGACGGAGGGACGGGAGCAGCAGGUGCUCAAGGAUGUGCUGGCCCACAAAGACCACAUGAACAAGAAGCUGCUGAACUCAUCCGUCGUAAAGAUGGCGCUGUACGAACAGAAUCCACGAAUGGUGCCGUCGCAAUUUCAGCCAAAAUGCGAGGAGAAGCACAUGGAGGAGGCGGUUGUUGAAGAGAAACCAACCGGUGGCAAGGCCAAGGCGUCUGGCAAGGCAAAGGAGCCUAGGAAACGCAAGGAACCGAUUGCAAAGGCCGCCACUUUAAAGCGGUUCUUCAAGGAUGUCGCUGUUUCAGAAAGCCAACUGGGAAUCUCUCAGGGUGUACAGCCCUAUCAGAUGAGCGACGCCUCUCAGCAGAUGAUCAAGCAGGAAGUGUCCCGUCGAAGCGUGUCCUUGAAUAACUUUCUCGCAGAUACCCAGGCAGCACAGCCCACUCUGAGCAACAGUCAGGAAGAGGUUCAGCGUCUUCGAAAACUCACCCGCUUUCUGCAGUCGAAUAAGCCAAUCAUGGCGGAGUCUCAGUCAGAUCUUAUUUGCCAUCUGCAGGACCAGCAGUUACCACACCCAUUGAAGCUCUACUUGCUGCAAAGCAAUCCCGUCUUCCUUAGAGAAACCCACUCAAAGAUGCUGCUUCAAAGUCAGUUGGAGAUUGCCGAUGACCGCUUAAACAAUCGGCAGCAGAGGACCAGGAACAACUAUAAGCUUCUCCUGGAGAUCUGCGGGGGAACCGACAAAUUGGAGGAGCUUCUGCAGGCGGAGCAGCAGUCCCUAGCCGAGAUCACCAUCAAGGAGAUUGGGAAUCCUCUAGACGAACACAGAGAAAGAGAAUUUAAGACCACCUGUGAUAGGAUUUUCGAGGGCCUUGAGGAGCAAGGCCUAAACUCGGAUAAUUAUGAACUGAAGCAGGAGCUGCUGGAGAAGCUCGAGCUGCGGCAUCUGGAAGCCACGGUAAACGAACUUCGUGGAAUCCCGGAGACAUCGUGGUCAGAAGACGACUGGGAAGAACAGCCUACAGAAGAUGUGAAGUGUGAUUCCAUGUACUUGAGCCAGCAGUUAAACUUUUCCGCUGCGGAUGCAGUGCAGCACAGUUCCACACCUCUGAGGGUAAAACCCUUGAGCAAACUGAUAUUCGAACCACUGCCAGAGGAGAAUGAAGAAGAGGACACCAGUUUGGGGGACAACUUGGGGCGCCUGAACUGCCUGAUGAAUGCGAGUGAGUCGCUCCUAAAGACCGAACCUAUUGAGAUAUCCGUUUCUGAACCGGAAUCCACAAGAGAAGAGAAUCCACCCGCAGCAGCAAGUGAGGUAUAUCCUAUUACCUCAAGUGACAGCGGAGAAAGCGUAGAGCCCAGUGCGGAUCCAAAAAUUGAAGCGAAAUCCGAAUUAGAUGAUCUGGAGAUUGAUUUGAAUGAAUUUCUAACGCCCAUGUCCGAGGAAAUCAAGUUGACCCAACUGAAAAAGGAGGCGGAGGUGCUUAAUCAUGAAGAUUUGAAGGAUUUCCUUGAACCCAUGGCUGAAGAAUUGGAGCUAAUGGGUCAGCAUAAGACCACGCUGUCGCCCAAUAAUGAAGCGAAAGAGAACGAGCCUCUUCCGACAUCCCCGUCCAAGUCCAUUUCCCGCAAUGUCUCGCCGGAUAUCUUUGCAUCCGACUCGCUGUCACCUUGGAAGCCAGCCGGAAAGAGCCUUGCCACCAAGCUGUCAGCGAAGGCAGCGGCAGCUAAGACUCCACCACUUCCUGCAAACCUUCAGUCGCCGGAAAGUCGAAAGAAAACCGAUCCAUUGACGCAGGAGAAAUCGCCCAGCAUUUUUGAUCUGUAUCUCAAUCGAAUGAGGGGACGCGGACGCCUGGCCAAGGCUGCAGAGUCCAUGCAUCGCCUCACCUCGACAAAUGUCUCGGUCAAAGAGGCUGAGGAGAAGGAGGAUUCGCCCAUUGUGCGUCGGCCAUCGAAACGUAAGAUAGUUAUUAGCUCCGACGAUGAGGAGGAGGAAAAGAAGCCCCUCGUGGUUGAACAGAUUCCUUGCACACAAAUGGAGCCGGAGACACCGACACCGCCGAAAAAGCCGCGUCAAAAGCGCAUCAAAUUUAAUUCUUUCAUUGUGGAUGAGGCUGAUAAAAGCGGCUCAGAUCAUGACGAGGAGGCCGAGACAACGAUCGGCACAUAUCUGAAGGAUUCUGUGAUAGUUUCUAGCGAUGAUGACGAAGAUCCCAAUGACACUAACGUCCAUGCCAUGUACCUGCAGGCCGUGAGGAGCCCUAUUCAGAGGCCAGGUGCCUUCAAGAUGCCCGCCCCGAAAGUGUACCGCGAUGAGUCGCACAUCUUUUCCCAGCCAGUGGAGGCGGAAGCGUCUCAGUACCUGCCCUGCUCCUUUAUCGUUGACGACGACAGCUCAACCAUUCAGGAUGUUUCGGAGUGUCCCCUGGAGAAGGCCGAACGCAUCCUCAAGGAGCGACGCCGGCAACGGCGACUGGGAAAUCUACAGCCAGUAGCUCCUGUCAAUAAGCGGCGUCGGGUCCAAACCAUGAGCACCUCAAGUGACGAAGACGAUGUGUGCUUCGUUGAAUGACGAGCAGUCAGACUCAAAGUGCCUUUGGGUGGAAAGAGAAAAUGUAUGUUUGCCAUUUUAUUUAGUUUCGUUAAGAUUUUACUUGGAAUUCCUUUUGUCACAUUCCGAGCUGGUUAAUUAUGUUUGCUGUAUAUUUAUUUGCAUAAUCAUAAGUAUUGCUCUAACUAUACCAAUACUCAUUUGGAUUUUUUUAAAGAAAGCCUUGCAGGGUGUUAUAAUUGUAGUCAAA